UUUAAAAAUAUAAUAGCUGAAAAAAAUUCAAAAACAAUUAAUUGUACAGAUGUUACUAACAACUUCUUAUCUAUUAUAAAUCUUAAACCAAUUUUCUUAAAAAUUUUUUCAUUAAACGGCGUACGUACAGAUUUACUCCAAAUUUCCGAUCAAUUGAUUGUUACACUUAAUUUUGUACUUUUUUUUAUUAUACGACAUCAACAUAACAAGAAAAUUGUUGAAUUUUUUAAUGGAACUAGCUUUAUUUUUCUUCAAACUGUUAAAUCUGCUAUUCAGUAUCAAAAAAAACAAUGGAAUCUUUAUCUUCAUGAUUCAAAGUACAGGAGCUCAACAAAGGCUAAUAGAAAUUUUUUAACAUUAGAUUUUCAUCAUUCAUUAGACCUACCAGUUGAACAAAAAAAAAUGAUUUAUAAUGAUGCCAUAAAUAUGUUGUUGGUCAUGGAAAAUAUUUUACAACGAAUUUAUGAACGACUUAAUGAAACACUAUGUAGCUAA